AUGGACGCAAGCCUCGUGACUGCGCUUCGCGGCUUGGACAAGCCGACGCAGAAGCUCCUGCGCAACGUCGUGCAUCUCCAGCCGGUCCAAGAACUCCUCCUCACCUUCCUCCGCGACACCUCGCGGUCUUUCGAAGACUGGAUCUGGGACCCGAAGACGCGCGAGGUGCUUGGCCGCGUCGAAGCGUCGGCCGAGCCGCCUGCCGCAGCGCCAACGGCGGCCCACUCCAAGUUCAAUCAGUUCUUCGCCGAUGCGCUCCUUGAGCAGCGCGAGAGCAUCGACAUGAAUGAGCUCUUGGAAGCCGCUGAGGCGGAGAAGACGCUCGCCAAGGAGCGCUUUGCCCGCAAGGAGUUUGCGAACGCCAUGUCCAAGUACAAGACAAUUGCCGACAAGGUCAAGCCCCACAUCGCGAUGAGCGACGGCCUCUGCGACUUGUACGUGGCGUGUUGCGCCAACGUAGCCGUCUGCGCGGUCAAGGUGCAGCAUUGGCACCUCGUGCGGGACUAUGCCCACGCCGCGCUGGCCGUGACCAAGGACCAUGCGAAGGCUUGGUACUGCCUCGCCAAGUUCCACGUGCACGAAAAGUGCUUCAACGAUGCGCUCGACGCUCUCCAGCACGCCAUCACGUUGAACCCAAAUGAUCGCGCGCUUCUGCAACUGCAAGCCGAGAUUCCGGCCAUCGAAGCCAAGGUUCGCAGCCAGCUCGAGGCCGACCAAGCCCUCUUGCGGAAGCGCGCCGAAGCUGACUUGCUCGCCAAGGAGGAGGCAGCCAAGCGAGACGCCGAGCGCGUGGCCUCUGUGACGCGCUUCGUCGCACUGCCGCAGCCCCACGCCACACUCGGCGCCAUCAGCCGCCUGAAUGAGUUUGUGCAGCGGUCGCGCGUGACGCUUGGCAUCGAGUCGAUCAAGAUCACGGAAGGGCCGCCGCAGCGAUUCCAGUGCACAAUGAAGAACCUCACGCAGAACGAGGAUGUGCUUGGUGUCGGCGAGGGGCUCAGCAAGCAAGAAGCCAAGGAGAACGCGGCCAAGGCAGCGGUGCUACAGAUGUGGCAGCACCGGGCGUCGACGGGGACACUUCACGACGACGACAAGGCCUUCCUCGCGACGCACCCCCACAUCCUGCACACAUGGUCGUUGGACCCGCCGCUUGACGGAGGCGCCACGCCGGUCGUCGAGAAGACGUACACCUGCGCCAUCUACCCCACGCCCAACGACGCGAUGCAGGCGCCCAACAUGCUCCUGAACCAGUACACGGCGCAGGGCAAGAUGCACUUUGAGUACACGGUCGAAGACUUGUCCAAGCGCGACGCCAGCGACUUUGUCGUCUCGGGCGUUCUCAACGGGCGAUGCGUCGCGACGGCCCGCGGUCCCUCCAAGAAACGCGCCAAGCUCGAGGUCGCCGAGCAAGCGCUCGCGAUCGCGUACCGCGAGAGCCGCGAAGCGUUCCCAGACCAAGAGGACCCGUACGUCGGGUACCGUUAG